AUGACAACUUUAAAAAAACAAGGCAAAAUUUCUAGCAAACAGUUCUCUGUAUAUCUAAAUAACAACAAUUGAGGAAGCUCAUCCCCUGGAUUGUCCUCAAAUUUAAUGAUUGAUGGAUAUGACCUAGCUACAUAUUCACCAGGGAAUAAUUUUACUUAUAUCCCAUUAGCGAAUAAUAAUGGAUAUUGAGAAGUGAAAUGCAAUAGUGUUAAAAUUGAUAACCAAAAAUUCAGCUCUGAUUUAACUGCUAUUAUUGAUACAGGGACUAGCUUAAUUUAUGGCCCUAGUAGCGAUGUAUCUACCUUUGAGUAUGAUUUUUUGAAUAACUACAAUUGCUAUGUUAGCACUUCAGGGAUUAUCUGCCCAUGCCACAGCCAAUACCCGAAUCUUACAUUUGAUCUUGAUGGGAGUGAAUUUACCUUGACCUCAGAUGACUAUUUAAUGCCUUAUCAAAGCAGCUGCUUUUUAGCCAUCCAAGAAGAAAGUAACAUAGAUUUUUGGCUUUUAGGAGAUAUAGGUUUUUCUCUUAUAUUGUCCAAUAAUUUUAAUUUUAUUUAAAAUUAGGAAUUUAUAGGGAAAAGUCAUAUUUUUAUUAGAAAAUAUUAUGUGAAUUUUGAUAUGGACGGAAAAAGGAUCGGCUUUGCAGGAGCAAAAUAUUCAGGCGGAAGCGAUAAUUUUGAUAUAAACUGGAGGAUUAUCAUGAUUAGUGUAAUAGGUAUAGGCGUAGUAAUUUUUGGAGGUCUUAGCAUUUGAGUGUGCUGCCAUUUUAAGAAUCGGGCUAAGAAAAAUGUAAGAGAUAUAGAAGUCGCACCAAACCAGGCUUAA